UAGCAGUCCCGAAAACCAGAUCUAUACAAUUUUAUUAGAUAUUCAUUUGUGGAGUGUUUAGAUAGGGCGACAAAUGUCUGCAGGAAAAGUAAUUAAAAGAACAAACAAAAAACGCCUGCAGGAAAUUUUAUUUGAAAAACGUCUGCAGGCCCCAUUUAUAUGUAUGUAACUGAAAGAACCUCUACAAUUGGAGAAAAAAUAGGGACCAAAAGCAAGAUUAAGAAGAAGAAUCGAGAGAGAAAACAGGAUCGCUCUGCAAUGGAACAACUGAACUCUGAACCUCAAGAUCACAUCAGUUGUUUUCCGGAUGAGAUUCUUUUCCGAAUCAUUACCUUCCUCCCUUUUGAAUCAGCUGUACACACCACUUUCCUUUCGAAACAAUGGAAAGACCUUUGGAAAAAGAAUUUGAUACUUAAUACAACCAUGGAAGAUAUUGUUGUUACUAUACUCAAUCUUGUUUAUGAUUUUUCUGAACUUCAUCCAUCAAAAAACAAGUGGGGAUUACAAUUUAACCUUGACCAAGAUAGGCUUCUCUUUGUUUCCAUUACACCUAAUAGAACACUUCAUCUUGAUUUCUCCCCUGCUGAACAAGAAUUUCCAGCUUCAUUUGAUUGGCUUUUGCCAUUGAGACUUCCAUCAGCUUAUAAGCCUGAUGAGAUGAAAAUGAAGUUAAAUCCCCCAUUGUCUUUAUAUGCACAAAUCAAAAUAAAAACCCUUUAUCUAAUUUCAGUAAGCCAUCUCUCUAGCAAAGCAGUUACUUGUCUGGUGUCAAAUCUCCCAUUUCUUGAGAGUUUGAUCAUUGAAAAGUGUAAUGGAGUACAAUCGUUAGUUGUACAAGAUGCUGGUGUUCUUCAGAAGUUAAUAGUCUUGGACUGCCCCCAAUUACAAACUCUUAGUUUUCAGGGUCCUCAUUUAGGGUGCUUCCGAUAUAGAGGCAACUUAGUCUCCUUUCGGUUGAAAGGAUGCUGCGGAUGCUCUGACAUUGACAUAUAUUCUCAGUAUACAUGCGAAUGUGGAAUAUACCUGGAAGAUGUCAUGCUUGAUCUCAGACAAGGUCUUCUAACACAAUGGACAUGGGACUUUGAAACCAACACCGAUCAUCCUUAUUUUCCUUCCCAAGGAAGCUACCAUUGCGGAUGCACCACCAAGGAUAAAUGCUUCAAAUCAAUUUUAAGAACCAUAGAUUGGGUUACUUCUCUAACAAUAUGCAGAUGGUUUUUUGAGAAAACAAUUUGCAAGAACUUAAUUUCUUCAAGUAAAGGCCCUGAAUCUUAUUUUAGCCAACUGAAGGAUUUGUGGUGGGUUGAUUGUUCAAUGACGAGACACAAUAUCGAUGUCUUACUCUGCUUUCUAAAGCUUUGUCCUAACGUGGAAAGACUCUAUGUCACUAUGGACCCUAAAUGUUAUAAUUUAACUAGCAGUAUCCCUGAAAAUUUCUUAGCCAUAGUUGGUGCUCCUGAAAAUCUCAAUGGUCUCAAGGUUGUGAAACUAGAGGGAUUUUUCGGGGAGCAAAUGGAGACUUUCGUGGCAAGGCGAUUGGUACCAUUAUUCGAAGAGAAUAAUCCAGUAAUCAUAUCAAAAUCAUAUGGGAAAAGUUUGAAGCAUCUGGUGAAAGUAGACAAGUUGGAGAACAAAGCAACGUAUUCUUACAAGUUCAAAAUGGUUGAAAAUGUUGAUGAAAAAAUUCUAGAUCAUAUUCAUAUGAACCUUUAA